GCGGCAGCAGCAGCAGCAAUAGUAGCAACAGUGACGAGCGCAUCGUUGCGCUUCUGCAUAAUAUGCGGUUCCUAAGGCUGCGUGUCUUUCCCAUUGAUGCCUUGGAGGAGAGCUCGGCCUUUCUUUUGUCGUGCGCAAAGUUCUACUCACGCACAACAGGCAGUCUGAGGCUCAAGCACGCCUGGGCGACCCUUCUCACUGAGCUGCUAAUGCCCAUAGCGGCCGUUGUCGAUGCUGAGGUCAACCUUCCCGAGCUCGUACAGGCCAUCGACAUUAUCUACACCAAGGCCAUGAAGAUGGCCGCCAAGGUGCGCCACGUCAAUGCCGCCUUCCCGCUGGCUGCGCCACACUGUGUAUCAGCCGCCGGGAUGUCUUCCACCAGCGCUGGCUUUCCCUGCUAGAGUACUGCAUUCAGCGGCUCAAGGACAAGCAGUUCCGCCGUGUAUCAAUGGACGCCAUUCUGCGCAUGUUCUGGGUCUAUCUCUUCCGUUACCCCGAGGCCAACGCGUCGUGCUCCGCCGCAUUGACUCUCUCUCGCGCAUAUUCUUCCCUGCGACAAAACUCCACGCCUGGCCGAAAACCGUGCCGCCGGCCGCCUUUGUUUACUUUCUCACCUGCGCUGCCUGCUAAGCUUCGACUUUGCCAUGCGCCAGCUGCUCCAGAACAUGCUGCAGAUUGACAGCGCCUGGCCUGGCACCACAAGGGAUAUAGCUGAGGCUGGUCCGAUUCUC